AACCCCAUCUAAUUAUUAAUUUUUCAAGGACAAGCAAAAUGAAGUACAGCAGUGUAGCCGUUAGUUUACUGGUGUUUGUCAUUUACUAUAACGUCAUUUGUACUUCCUGCACAGACUGGCAUUUCACGGGACCAAACAUAGCUCUUCAUAAAACAGCUAUUCAAAUACCCGGAAGUUAUCAGGAUAAAGGUCCGAACGGUAAAAGUUAUCCAGCAAGUCUAGCAGUUGAUGGUAACAAUAACACAGACUUUCUUCAGGGCAGUUGUUCUCAUACCAGCGCGCUUUCAUAUGAUAACGCAAGAUAUGAUUUUGCUGAAUGGACUGUUGAUCUUGGAGCAUAUUAUAACAUAACUGGGAUUAUCAUAUAUAACAGACAGGUUUCAGAUGUAGAUCUACAUUAUCGCCUUAAAGGUUUUCAGGUGUUUGGAUAUAGAUACAUGGCAUGCGUUGGCGGUUGGUGUAAAAUCUUUGAUGAUAACCAAACUAAUAAAUAUAAUCAAGACAUAAUAAAUAUCAGCUUGGACUCUGUGCAAUCAUUCACUAAAGUAGCUAUUAAGUUACCAAAGCGUCAAUCAAGGGAUGAUGAUAAUAUUUACUUGACCCUUUGCGAAGUAGAAAUAUAUGCAGAGGUUUGUGAACAGAUUAAUGUAACACACGGAACAACGACACCAGAUAAACCACUUUUCAAUGUCAAUGAAGAGGCUGAAAUUCACUGUGAAAAAGGUUUUGAAACAAAUAAUCCAAAAAUUAUAUGCCUGAAAAGAUCAAAUUCAUUUGCUUGGGAUAAGCAUCCCCAAUGUAACAUAGUAACAUGUGCCCUCCCAAAUAAGCCAACAAAUGGAUAUUACAAGACAUAUGGGACAACGAUGGGAAAUAAUCUACCUUUAUCGCUGCCUUUUGGAACCAUAAUUAAUGUUGUAUGUGAUAAGGGAUAUGAAAGCAUUAACCAGUCGUCAUUUAUAACGUGUCAAAGUGACAAGAAAUGGAGUGAUUAUCCUCCAACUUGCACGAAAAUAAAAUGCCCCUAUCCACGUACUAUACAUAAUGGUAAAUAUAAAUUUGCAAACAAAACAAUUUAUAGUGGCGGUCCUUCCUAUUAUAAUACGACUAUACAAGUGACUUGCAAUAAAGGUUAUUCUCUCAAUGGAGACGAUAAACGGAUCUGUAAUGAGCAAAAUAUGUGGACCGGAAACUCAAGUUGUCAGAUAAAUGAAUGUGAAUCUCCGAAAAAACCUGAAAAUGCUAUGUAUAUAGAAACAGAAAUCAAUGGCUUAAUUUCACAUUAUACAAAUGGAAGUCUCCAUUACCUUGAUCAGAUACGCGUUAUUUGUCGCCAUGGAUACGUGAAUAAUGCAUCUGCUCCUGUUAUACAAUGUUUAGAAACUAAGUUAUGGAGUGGGAAAAUAGGCCACUGUAAUUUAGUUACAUGUAAAGGUCUUGAAGGAUUAAACGGUGGUUUUUAUAACUACUCAAAAGAAGAGUUUGCUAAUGGAUACCCUUACAGUACAGUUGUAACAGCAGCUUGUAAAGAACCGUUUCAAUUAUCGAAUCCUAACAACAGAAGUAGAAAGUGUAAUGCAAAUGGGAAAUGGGACAGUGAACCAGUCACAUGCAUACAAUUUGAAGAAGCUGCUUCACAAAGUACAAACGCACCAUUAAUAGGAGGUGUUACUGCAGCUGUUGUGGUAAUUCUGAGUGUAAUUGUAGUGGUUGCUUUCUUUUUAUAUCGGAGGAGUGGAAGAAAGGAUAAUAAUGGAAACCCAAAGCCGUAUACACAUUUGUGGAAAAGAGACACUAAUGAAAGACAAAUUUCAAACUCACAAGAUGAUGUGUAUUCGGAGAUUCAAGACACGAAUAUCAAUACCAUUUCUGAAAAUACGUAUUCAAAAGAUGUUUCACCAAGUGAUGUUACGUACAGCUACGUAAAGAAGACGACGACAAACAAAAAUGUAAUGAAGCAUUCAAACCAAAGCUUGGAUUCAUUACAGACAGAACCUUACUACAGCUUCACAAAUGUCAACAAUGUCCCUAAAACAGCAAUACUUGUGAAAGAUCUUUCUGAUCUAAUUCUGACAGGCUCAGAUGCCAAACGGAAGUUUGAGAAAGAGUUCAACGAACUCCCUCAAGGAAUGAUUCAACCUCACAAAGAAGCAUUGAAAAAGAAGAACAUAAUUAAGAAUCGAUAUAGGAACCUCUAUGCUUAUGAUGACACACGAGUUGUAUUAAAAACUGACGAAGCAUCACAGUCGGAUUAUAUUAAUGCCUGCUAUGUGCAUGGUUUCACGACAUUUAAACAGUAUAUAGCAUCACAAGGACCGACGAAGGAAAUAUUAGUGGACUUUUGGAGAAUGAUUUGGCAAGAAGAGAGCUCAAGGAUUGUUAUGCUUACAAAUCUGAUAGAAGAAGGGAAGGAAAAAUGUGAGCAGUAUUGGCCAGAAGAAGGAACCAGCCAUGUGUUCGGCAAUAUCAUAGUACACACAGAGAAAAUUGACAAUUUCUCACAAUUUGUGAAAAGGACCUUUCAAGUGAAAAAGGAAGGUUCGAAACAAAAGUCACGGACAGUGACACAGUAUCAUUUCACCGCAUGGCCAGACAAAGGGGUUCCGAAAUAUGCAUCUUCACUUGUACAAUUUACUAACAAAGUGAAAUAUGACUCAGUCGAACAGAAUGGACCAAUUGUUGUACAUUGCAGUGCUGGUGUAGGAAGAACUGGAACCUUUAUUGCACUUGACUUUCUGACUGAACAAGGAAAAGCCAUGGGCUAUAUUGAUGUUCUUGGAACUAUUACUGCGUUUCGGUCACAACGAGUAUGCCUUGUACAAACUCUGGACCAGUAUAUAUUUGUUCACCAUGCUCUUGUUGAAUCUUUGAUGCUGCCCACAUCGGCACUACCGGCUUAUAAAUUUCCAGAAGCAUUUCAGGAACUACUUCAGAUAGACACAAAAAAGAAAAAGUCGAAAUUAAUUCUAGAGUUUGAGACUUUAAAGAAAGUAUCACCAGUGGCCGAUGAGGGUGACUAUGUAUCAUCCAAACUUGUCAGGAACAGACGGAAGAAUAGAUAUUCCAAUGUGCUUCCCGUCGAAGAGUUCACGCCAUCUUUGCUGUCAACUCAUUUAGAUAGUGACAAUAGAUAUAUAAAUGCUGUAUUCUUGCCGAGUUACAAAGAAAGAAAAGCCUUUAUCAUAACACAAACACCGCUGGAAACCACAAAAGAGGACUUCUGGGAUCUUAUAUGGGAACAUGAUGUCCACACUAUCGUUAUGAUGAACAAUAUUAAAGAAACUGUGGAUUCUGAGAAGUAUUGGCCUGAGAAAGGUGAAUCUGUUACAUUUGGUAACAUAGAGAUCACCGAAGAUGGUGUCGAAAAGAAGAAUCAUCAUCAUCUUGUAACACUGUCAGCAAAGAAGCAUAAAUUGACCCGUAAGAUAAAACAAAUUCGGUGUGGGGGAUGGUCCUACAAUCACAGUUUACCAGACUCCCCAGGUGUUAUACUAACACUGUUAGAAAUUGUUAAAGUAUGGCAGCGACAGUCUGGUCAUCAUACGAUUGUUGUACACUGCAUGAAUGGUGUGGACAAAAGUGGUUUGUACUGUGUGAUAUCAGCAGUUAUAGAUCGCUUACAGAUCGAGCAGGACGUGGCAAUAUCCCAGGUCAUUGAAGAAAUGAGGAGCGCUAGAGAACAGGUUAUACCCUCUGUG